AUGACUUGUUCGACCAGUUACAAGGUGCCAAAUGCUUUUCGAAGAUCGACUUGCGAUCCAGUUAUCAUCAGCUACGAGUCAGGGAUAUUGAUAUCCCAAAAACAACAUUUAGGACGAGCUUUUCUUGGUCAUGUUAUUACCAGCGAUAGUAUCAAGUUUGAUGGCCAAAACCUUGAAGCGGUGAUGACUUGGCCGAGGCCCUUGAAUCCGACAGAGGUUCGUAGUUUUUUAGGCUUGGCAGGGUAUUACCGAAGGUUUGUGGAAGGAUUUUCCUCUAUUUCUGCACCAUUGACGAAGCUGACACAUAAGAGAGCUAAGUUUCAGUGGACUGAGGCAUGUGAAAAAAGUUUUCAGGAGCUAAAGAAAAGGCUUAUGACGGCAUCUGUCUUGACUCUUCCGGAUGGCACCGAGGAUGCAGAGGGUGGACACAUUCUCGUUCAGAAUACGGCAAAAUCUUCUUUUGUUACUAAAGUGAAAGAGCGACAACACGAGGAUCCUGAGCUUAUAAAACUGAGGGAAAGUAUUCCACAGCAGAGACAACCUUUAUUUGAGCUAACUGGAGAUGGAGUCCUUAGAUACCAGGGCCGCUUAUGUGUACCGAUAGUCGGAGAGCUCCGUGCCAAGAUUCUUUCGGAGGCCCAUUAUUUUAGAUAUGCAGUUCACCCCGGAGCGACAAAGAUGCUUACAAAAUUUGCUCAUUUUAUGCCAGUCAGGACGACAUAUUUAACCGAGGAUUAUGCCAAGCUUUACAUUCGGGAGAUUGUGCGCCUUCAUGGGGGCGUCAUGAGAUUUGGAAAAAAGGGGAAGCUCAUCCCCAGGUAUGUUGGACCGGAUAAGAUUAUUCGGAGGAUUGGUAGGGUGGCGUACGAGCUUGAUUUGCCUUCAGAAUUGGGAGCAGUCCAUCCUGUGUUUCAUGUAUGUAUGUUGCGGAAGUGUAUUGGAGAUCCUUCACGUAUUACGCCCAUUGAGGAUAUUCACAUUGCUAAAGACUUAUCUUACGUAGAGGUACCAGUAGCUAUUUUAGAUCGGCAGGUAAGAAAGCUUCGAACUAAAGAAGUGGCUUCCGUGAAAGUGUUAUGGCGAAAUAACAACAUCGAGGAAAUGACCUGGGAAGCUGAGGAGGAAAUGAGGAAGAAGUACCCCUACCUAUUUACGACUUAA